GCACGGCAGCCAUAGAGAGGUGCUCUUGUGUAGUGUGUACAUUAAAUCCUCGCCUUAUGUAUGGGGAAUCGCAGGACACAGAGGCUAGACGGGUAAUACAGAGAGGAGGAGGGGGCAGCGCCAUGUCCAGCCUGCAGAGGCCAGCUCCUCCUGCCCAGACAGUCACCCUCAGCCUAGAUCAAGUGAAAGAAGCCUUGGGGGAAGUGCUGGAUGCUCUGCAGUCCCCCACGGGCAGCGCGCGGCUGGAGGAGGCCAGAGAGAACUCCGGCAAUGACUUAGGAAAAGUUCUGCAGCUUCUGCUCCCGGCCGCCGUCCAGAUCCAGCAAGAGGUGCUCCAGAAUUACGGCUUCAGCCCAGACGGGGAAGGUGUCCUCCGAUUCGCCCGCCUGGUAAAAUCGUUCGAGUCGCAGGACCCCGAGAUCGCAGCAAUGUCCAACAAGCUGAAAUCUUUCUUCUUGCCCCCCUUACCCCUCCCCCCACAUGCCGGGCUCCCCAUGCCCACCUCCUAAAACAUUCCUCCCUGCCGGCGGACAUCCUUAUCCUCCCCUUCUUCCCCUCCUCUUUCC